UAUUAAUGGUUCUUCUGUAAAUAAAUGUGAUUUGAUAUUAUUUUAAUUAAAAAAAAAUUAUUUAUACCGAUAUGUCAUAGAAACUUACUGUAUAUAUACAAUCAUUUACAUUUAUCAGCAAAUCGCUCACGUGUAAAUUCUGCACGUGAUAUAGACACACACUACAACAACAAGGAAUAAAACAUUCAGACAUGAUUUCGAAACAUAUAACAUCUCGAGCAACUUGAAAUUAUUAUUAAGAAAUAAUAUUGUGUGUUUAAGUGAAUAGUUUUUUUAGAAACAAAAAUGGAAAGUUCUGCAUUAUGGUUUCGACAUGGAUUACGUCUUCAUGAUAAUCCAUCGUUACAUGAAGCCAUCAAGGAUCGAGAUCGUCUUUUCUAUCCAAUUUUCAUUUUUGAUGGAGAAAGUGCAGGCACAAAAUUAUGUGGAUACAAUCGUAUGAAAUUCUUAACAGAAUGCUUAGAAGAUUUGGAUAAACAAUUUCGUAAAUAUGGUGGGCAAUUAUUCGUAUUUGAAAAUAAACCGGAGGUUGUGUUCAAGGCAUUGAAUAAGCAUUAUAAUUUAAAAUUAUUGUGUUUCGAACAAGAUUGCGAACCAGUUUGGCGUGUACGAGAUGAAAAUGUUAAACGUUUAUGUGAUAAGCGGGGUGUUAAAUGGAUGGAAUGUGUGUCCCACACAUUAUGGGAUCCAUUUCGUGUUAUAGAAGAAAAUGGCGGUACACCACCAUUAACAUAUCAAGCAUUUCUUUAUGUUGUGUCAAAUAUUGGGAAUCCUCCGCGGCCUGUCGAUGAUGUCAAUUGGCAAGGUAUCAAAUUUGGAAUAAUAUCUCCUGAAAUAGCAGCAGAAUUGAAAAUGUUUCCAAAAGUUCCAACAGCCGAAGAUUUGGGAUACACACGAGAAGCUCCAAACGAAAUUCGAAUGUUCCGCUGGAUUGGUGGUGAAACCCAAGCAUUAAAAUUACUUCAAAAUCGAUUAGCUAUUGAAAAGUCGGCAUUUGAUGGAGGAUAUUUCUUACCAAAUCAAGCCAAUCCUGAUUUAUUGGGAGCUCCAACAUCACAAAGUGCAGCAUUGAGAUUUGGAUGUUUAUCCGUUCGAAGAUUCUAUUGGAAUCUCCAAGAUGUAUUCAAAACGGUACAUGGUGGAAAUUUACCACCAUCUCCGCAUAUUACCGGGCAACUAAUUUGGCGUGAAUAUUUCUAUACAAUGUCUGUGAAUAAUGAAUAUUAUGCUGAAAUGGAACGAAAUCCAAUUUGUUUGAAUAUACCAUGGUCAGAACCGAAAAAAGAGGAUUUAAACCGUUGGAAAUAUGGAAAGACUGGAUUUCCUUUUAUUGAUGCUGUAAUGCGACAGCUAUUAUUGGAAGGUUGGGUUCACCAUGUCGCACGUAAUGCAGUUGCAUGUUUUUUGACGCGUGGAGAUUUGUGGAUUUCUUGGGAAUAUGGCCUUCAUCAUUUUUUCAAAUAUCUAUUGGAUGCUGAUUGGUCUGUUUGUGCUGGUAAUUGGAUGUGGGUCAGUAGUUCAGCAUUCGAACAAGUAUUGGAUUGUUCCGAAUGUGUGUGUCCAGUUGCAUUCGGACGUCGGUUAGAUCCAGGCGGUGAAUACGUGAAGCGUUAUCUACCAGAGCUACGUUCAUUGCCAUCCGAAUAUUUGUAUGAACCAUGGAAAGCCCCAAUUGAUGUUCAAGAACGUUCAAAUUGCAUAAUUGGAAAAGAUUAUCCACCACCAAUUGUUGAUCAUACUGAAGCAUCUAAGCGUAAUAAAUAUUUUAUGCAAACAUUACGUGAGCAGAUUAUGGGUGGGGGUAAUGCACCACCCCACUGCCGACCCUCAGAUGAAAAUGAAGCAAAAUCAUUUUUGGGAUUGCCUAGUCAAUGUCAUGAACAUUGUUUGAUACAAAUUUGAAUUAUUUUGGAAGUUUAUGAAAUACUCCUUUUUCGAUGUUGCUAUAAAUUUGUUUAUCAAAUAUGCGCUUAUAGUGUCUUAGACAAUUUAUGUUGUUUCACAUCUCAAGAUAAUUUAGCGUUAUCGAAAUCAUUCUGUUAAAACAACAGCGGAUUUAUGAAAAAUAUUUUUGGAUAUUUGGUCGCCAAAAUUUGAAAAUAUCGAAAACACGACAUAUGUUUUUAACGGAAUGAUUACAAUGACCAAUUAUGUGACGAUAUUAGAUCUCAUUAUAGUUUAAUAGAAAGUUCGUAUUUAUAGAAUUUGUUAUUAUAUAAUUAAAUGUUUCUUUAGACAGUUCAGAUUGGAAUAAGAAGAGUUGCACAUCAUUUGAGAUAUUUAGUUUUUAAUAAAGUGCUGUGUAUCGAUGGAUCGGUUACACAAGUGGUAAACAAAUUACUAUCGUCGCCGUUGUAACAGUAGGCGCUUUUUAGUAAAUUAAAGUCUACGCAUUAAACGAAAAAUUAACUGUUCGAUCAAUUUGCCGCUGCCAGUAAACGUGAUUGUCACUGGAGCCAAAUUAUCGCCAAAUAAUUUAUUUGUACACAACAGUUUCGUACAAAAUGAUGGCAAUAUUUGUAAGCGAUCACUCAACAGAUUGCCAUAAGUAAAUUCACCGGAUAUGUAUUUGGCUAUAUGGAUAUUUGCGGAUCUAUAUUCUAUACUCAAUCUAGGUUCGAAUUUACUCAUAGUGGAUUUAACAUAUUCGUUUAUCAUAUAGAGCAAACACGAAGAGUAAACGAGAAAGAGAUCCAUUUUAUUUAACAGAUAUUAUAUCUAAUAUAAUAUAUAUGCUCAAUAAUAUUUUUUAUGUGCCAUAUUGCAUUUUCGACUCCUAAUCUUUAAUAAAACAAGGAAUUUCUAGUACGUUAUUUUUCAAAAUGCUAACGUCUCUAGUUAAGCAUUUGCUUUUAAAAUUAGACGGAGAAAAAAGAAAGAGAAACGUUAAAAAAUAGGAUACUUGCCUAUAAACGAAAAAUACAAGUAGUUAUUUUUCGAUUUACUCUCUAAAUCAUAUCCUAAUAACAAUUAAAAUGAAUAGUUCAUGAAAAAUAAAAUAUAUGUAGGCCUCAUAUUUUAAAACUGAGCACAAAGACGUCAUACGUGCAGUGGCGGAUUAGCCAGGUAGCAAGAGCAGCAAGUGCUACAUCCCCGUCCAAGGACCUUCCCAAUAAGAGCCCCAGAUAGAAUAAGGGAAAAAAACAUACACACACACACUCAAAAUUUGCUACAGGCCUCGCGCUGUCUUAAUCCGGCACUGCAUUCGCGCCUUUAAGCCAUCGUUCUACUAAUUGAAAAUC